AUGUUCAAAGCGUCUCAGCCAACCAGUAAUCAGUUGCCUGAUGGCGCGGCUGCAGGUGUUUACCUACAACUACCAGGCGAGCCACAAUUCAAAUUCCUUGGAGGUUUAGCAAACGAAAAGCAAUCAGCAAUAUUCAAGGUCAACCUUCCAAGUGCCGCGAAUGAUGGGAUAGUCAACCUCGGAAUUGCUAUUGAGCCUAUGGCCAAUAUUGAGCAGCAGAUGGUAUUGCUGAAACAGGAACAGCAAGCGAAUUCGGUAGCACUUGUCAAGGCUGGACCAUCCACCAAGAUGCUGGCACAAAAUAUCAUCAAGCAUGCGUACAACUUCAUUUCAAGCUUCUCCGGCAACAUCAAUGGCCAAGAAGUGGUACCCUUGAAGAGCUUCCAAGAUUGGUGGACGAAGUUCGAACGGCGUAUUGAGAAUGAUCCAAGUUUUCUGGAGAAGAAGGACGACUCGUGA